UUUACCAUUCAUUUCAUAUCACCACUUUCCAUAUCUUCUUUGUUCAAGUUUAGAUCUGUUUCUGUGGGUGUCACCGGAGAUAAAAGAUAGCAAUGGCACCAAAAAGAUGUUUUAGAAGGAAAAGAUCUACCAAAUCGGUCAGAAUAGGUUGCAGAUGUUUAAGGACUCCUUCGGUGGGACGGUUAAGCGAGCUUCCGGUGGAGAAACAGACCAAAUACAUGAUGGACCAGAAGGAUCUGAUGAAGAAGAUGAUCCAGGACGCUGAGAAGAGGUUGGAGAAGGAGAAGUGGUAUACUCGUGCGAUGAAACUUGGGAUAAUGGCUUCGACUAGUGAUCUAACCACCGAUACUGAUUGUUCUGAGGAACUGGCAAAAGCAGCCGAGGUGGUUGACAAGAAGCUCAAAGCCAUCAGAGAGAGAAUCAAGGCUGUGGAAGCAGGAGCCCCCAUCAUCAAGAGAGAUUAGCCUUAUCAAAUAAUUAUUUCUUAUCAUAUCUAUUAAUGUCAUCGUUUUUAACUGUUUUCAUAUUAAGAUGGUUUGGAUUAAUGGUGUUGAGAUUUAUGUUCUAUGAUUUGCUUUUGCAUUCUUAAGAAGGAUUUGGAGAAUUAUAUAAAUCUCUUUGGUCU